AUGCCCAAUCUCUUCCACAUGUUUGGGUUCCAGCUGGCGCCGUCGCAGCUCAAGAAGUGCUGGAAUAACCUCAAGCAGAAGUGGAAAGAGGAAACUGCCAGAGAAAAGCGAGAGCGCCAUAAAACUGGAGGGGAAUCGGCGCCUUCCGCCAUGGUUCUUAAUUACGAAUUGGUUGGGUCAAUGGCAGCUCACAUGGUGACAAGGGUGGAAAACGCCUUUGAUUCUGAUGCCGCAGGGCACCAGCCCCGCGUCGCAAGUCUCCCUGUCGUAAGACUGCUGCAGCCAUGA